CCCCAUUGUGCUCUCGUGCAGGGGUUGCCGCGCCGAUUGGCACCGAUGGGCGCCAGACGAGUCGAAGCGGAGUCCGAGGGUGGUCCUAGGCCGGUGCGGGAACUCGAGAUGGCUGCGGGGUUUCUCCUCAGGUGCGUCCUCGCCGAGUGAGGCCCCGCCGCGGAUGCCGCCCUCGACGCCGGCCUCGACGCUCAGGAAGGACCCAGGGACCGAAGCAUGACAGCUGCCGUCAUGGAGAACGUUAACUGGGACCCCGCGCUUUCCAAGCUGCUGCAGUCCUUGGAGGAGAACAAGUCGGAGAUCCCGAGCUGCACCGAGGAGGAGUUCGGGUUCCUGAGUGAGCUGCUCCAGUCGAAGGAGCUCAACGCCCUCGUCAACGUCCACAACAAGAUUCUCAACAAUGUCAAGGACGACAAGUUCUUCCCCGUGCUGUCCAACUCGAUGGACAUCGACGUCGAGGUGCUCGACCUGCUCUCGACCAAGACGCACCACUCCGACGAGUACAAGGAGCUCUUCCACCUCCUGCAGAAACCACACAUACAGGGUCUUCUCUGCGCGCACGACCUGAUCGCCCAGAAGGACUACUACCCCAGGCUCCCUGAAAUCCCUCUGGAGGUCGACGAAGACGAGGAGACGGUCAAGAUCGUCCAGCUGGUCAAGUCCAACGAGCCUCUGGGCGCGACCAUCAAGACCUGCGAGGUCACCGGGAAGAUCGUCAUCGCGAGGAUCAUGCACGGUGGCGCCGCCGACCGGUCCGGCCUCAUCCACGUCGGCGACGAGGUCUGCGAGGUCAACGGCAUCAGCGUGGAGGGAAAGACCCCUAACUGCGUCCUCAAGAUCCUGCAAAAUUCGGAGGGAACGAUUACCUUCAAGAUCGUGCCAGCGGAUAGCAAGGGUGGAGUGCGCGAGAGCAAGGUGCGGGUAAAGGCUCACUUCUCCUACCGAGCUGGGGACGAUCCGUACAUCCCCUGCAAGGAGGCCGGCUUGGACUUCUCCAAGGGAGACGUGCUCCACAUCGUCAGCCAGGACGACACCUACUGGUGGCAGGCCAGACGGGAAGGCGACAGGAACAUGAGGGCCGGUCUGAUCCCCAGCAAGGCUCUGCAAGAGAGGAAGAUCACCCUGGAGAGGCAGCAUAAGGAGAAGAUCGACGACGACGAAGACAGUAUCAGCUUGUGUUCUGUUCCAGUGCCUUUGCCCGCGUUGUGCCCCCGUCCCAGUACCUCUUUGCACGCCUCGCCUACAAAGUGCAACUUGCAGGGAAUUAAAACUAAAAAAAUCAUGUAUGACGCUGCAGAGAACGACGACUUCGACCGCGAAGAGAUACCGACCUACGAGGAGGUCGCCAAGCUCUACCCGAGGCCCGGCCUCUACCGGCCGGUGGUCCUCGUGGGGCCACCCGGGGUCGGCAGGAACGAGCUCAAGAGGCGACUCGUCGCCACCGACCCCGAAAAGUAUCGCACCCCAGUACCUUACACCUCGAGGCCGCCGAGGCCGGGCGAGGUCAACGGCAAGGAGUACCACUUCGUCACGAGGGAGGCCAUGGAGGAGGACAUCGAUACCGGCAAGUUCAUCGAGUAUGGCGAGUACAAGGGAAACUUGUACGGCACCAGUGCCGAAGGCGUCAGCUCCCUCGUCAACGCCGGCUACGUCUGUCUCCUCAGUCCCCAUUACCAGGCCCUGAAGAUGCUGAGGACUCCCAGACUGAAGCCCUUCGUCAUCUACAUCAAACCGCCGCGGUUCGAGAUCCUCAAGGAGACGAGGAACGAGGCCAGGGCGAGGUCGACCUUCGACGAGAACAACUCCAGAGGGUUCACGGACGAGGAAUUCCACGAGAUCCUACACAGCGCCGCCAGGAUAGAGUUCCUUUACUCCCACCUCUUCGACGAGGUGAUCGUAAACGCGGACCUCUCCAUGGCCUUUGAACAGCUCGUGGACGCUAUCCACAGGGUGGAGACGGAGCCGAUGUGGGUCCCCGCCUCUUGGGUCCAGUGAACUCCGCCCUGACCCCUGGAAGUCGUCGGAGAUGCUCGUUGGCGACCCGUCGUAGAGUCCGCACACUGCCAGUCUCGAGCGUCCCCAGGACGCUGCCGAGAGGAUCCUCGAGGUCGCCCCGAGUCCCUACCCUGAGGCGCAUCUCGAGGUCGCCGCCGUUGCCUGCUAAAGCAAGGGCGAUCGUUAGUCCCAAUUGUUGUUACAAUCGUUGCCAAAGAACUCACCGAUGAGAGCCGGACGCCACGAGUUAGCGGGGAACGCCGAGGAAGAGAGGAACGAAAGGACCGCCCACGCGCCUCGACGCUCCGACGCUCCUAUCGGGGACGAUUCCCGGAGCUCUUCGUCGACUCGCCGAGGUCGACGUCGAGGAUCCUCCAAAAUCGCCGGCGAGACGCGCGCUCCCCGAAACUCGUGGCGCCCCCGGCGAGGUCGCGCGAUACGCUAUUUUUUCCAUGUACCGAGAUAUGACGACGGGACGACCACCGUCGGCGCGUUACGUCGAUCCCGUAGCUGCCCGAUCGCAUUAAAUAGUUCAUCCUCGAUGUACACUUCUAUAUGUUAUCGAAAGAAAUACAGCAUUACAUCUUUA